CUCCAAACCCACUGAAUAGAUUAUCUUGAUAAUGGCAAUAAUAAAAUGGCAAUCCAGCAAGCGGACAAAUUGCUUAAGAAACACAAAGAUCUCCACUGUGCGAAGGUUUUGAAAGCCAUCGGCCUGCAGAGGACCGGGAAGCAGGACGAAGCCUUCAUUUUGGCCCAGGAGGUCACAGCCCUCGAACCCACCGACGACAACUCUUUGCAAGCCCUGACCAUCCUCUACCGAGAAAUGCAUCGGCCUGAGCUGGUAACCAAACUCUACGAGGCAGCUGUGAAGAAAGUACCUACCAGUGAAGAAUAUCAUUCCCAUCUUUUUAUGGCGUAUGCAAGAGUUGGGGAAUACAAGAAGAUGCAACAGGCUGGAAUGGCACUUUAUAAGAUCGUCCCCAAAAACCCGUACUAUUUUUGGUCUGUGAUGAGCUUGAUUAUGCAGUCAAUAUCGGCACAAGACGAGAAGCUUUCGAAAACCAUGUUCUUACCUCUGGCUGAGAGGAUGGUAGAAAAAAUGGUGAAGGAAGAUAAGAUCGAAGCUGAAGCCGAGGUCGAACUUUACUACAUGAUCCUGGAGCGCUUAGGGAAAUACCAGGAAGCUCUGGAUGUCGUGAGGGGGAAAUUAGGAGAGAAGUUAACCAGCGAACUGCAGAGCAGAGAGAACAAAUGCAUGGAGAUGUACAGGAAGUUGGGCAAGUGGCCGGAGUGCAACGCGCUGGCAAGACGGCUUCUGCUUAAAAACCCAGAUGACUGGCAGUUCUAUAUGGUUUACUUCGAUUCCAUUUUUCAGCUGGUCGACGCGGCCUGGACCCCUCCGGCCGAAGGAGAACAUUCUCUGGAAGGCGAGGUGCAUCACACCACAGAACAGGCCGUGGCUUUCGUCGAGCAGAGGAUCGCCGAAGAGGCCAGCAGCACGCGGCCGCUCCGGGGCCCGUACCUCGCCCAGCUGGAACUGAUCCGGCGCCUGUCGAGCCGAGGCUGCAGCGAAGAACACACCUUCGGCGAUCCAGAAGAAUUGAUGUUCCAGUAUUUCAAACGGUUCGGGGAUAAGCCCUGUUGUUUCACUGAUCUCAGGGUCUUCAUUGACCUCCUUCCUUCCACCCAGUAUACCAAGUUCAUCAACCGGUUGCUGGGCAUCGUCCCCCUGUCGUCCCCCUCGGAGGGCCAAGCGGCGCUCCCGGCCAGCAUCAAAGCCUUGCAGCAGCAUUUGUGCGUCGUCCAGUUGACCCGGUUGCUCGGCCUUUACCACGCGAUGGACAGAACUCAGAAGCUGGGGGCGAUCCGGGACCUGAUGCUGCGCUAUCGGCACGGGCUGGAUUUUGGAAAGUCCUGUUUGAAAACGGAGCUGCAGUUUUCGGAUUACUACUGUCUGCUUGCGGUUCAUCUGCUUCUCGACAUCUGGCUUGAGGCAGGCGAAGAGUCGGCGGCCUGGCACGGCUUGGCUUUCCUGGAAGAAGGGCUGGCCCACAGUCCCUCGAACGCUCAGUUCAAACUGCUGCUGAUCCGGAUCUACUGCAUGCUGGGGGCUUUCGAACCGGUGGUGGAGCUGUACUCCAGCCUGGACGCGAAGCACAUCCAGCACGACACCAUCGGCUACUUGCUGACGCGCUACGCCCCAGCCUUCGGUCACUACGCCGCUGCGGCCCAAUCCUGCAACUUUGCACUCAGGUUUUACCACUCCAAUCAAAAAGAUACCUCAGAAUACAUUAUCCAAGCCUAUAAAUACGGUGCGUUUGAGAAGAUCCCGGAAUUCAUCGCUUUCCGGAAUAGGCUAAACUCCUCCCUUCACUUCGCCCAAGUCCGGACGGAACGGAUGCUGCUGGACCUCUUCCUAGAAGCAAAUAUAUCGACGAGUCUGGAAGAAAGUAUAAAGUCCAUGAGUCUAAGCCCGGAAGAGGAUGAUAUUCCUUGGAACGAUCUGCGGGACAAUCGAGACCUCGUCGUCUUAUUUAACUGGGACCCCAAAGACAGGGGCAUCUCUGAAGAGCACAGAAGGCUCUCCCUGGCGGAGGAAACCCUGUGGUUGCAGAUCCGGUCCUUGACGCUACGGCUGAUCAGCGGCCUGCCCGCUCUCGGCCACAGCGCUCCCCCGAAGAACUCUGAGAAGACCACGGAGAACGGCGUCUCUUCCAAAAUCGACACCAUGCGGGCCCUGCUGCGGCAGCUGGACACGGCCGUGAAUUCCGGGAAGCGGUUUCUCGAGCAGAAGGUCCAGUACCCAGUCCUGGGGCCCCCUCCUUCUCGAAUGGCUUGUUAUUUCAACAGCGGGAGCUGCCAAAGUCAGACCAGCUUGUUUUAUCUCGUUAGUGAAAUUUACGAACUUGAUACCAAUGGCUUAGAAGACUCGACAGCCAUUCAAGAAAGAAUAGGGAAUAGCUUGAAGUCGUUACUAGAACAGCUAACAGAUCAGGUCGAUAAAUGCAGAGGGGAUCUGUUGGAAGCCAGGGAGGGCGGCUUCAGAACCCAUCCAAACGUUUUAGAAAAUCUGGUCUUCUUUGUGGAGACUGUUUCCAUCGUCCUGUGGGUGUGCAGUUACUCCGACACCGUCCUUCGGCCCUGCCGGUCGAGCCUGCAGAAGAAGAAAAAGAAGAAGAAAGAGAGCAUGACAGCCAUGCCCCCCGUGUUCACCAGCUUCCAAGACUACAUUUCCGGGCUCCAGACGCUCACUUCCAACGUGAUAGACCAUAUCAAAGGGCUUGAAACCUCCCUCACUACACUUAAACUUGAAGAGCUGUCUAUAGAGGACAACGUACUGUCACAGGAAGAAAAGAAGUUUACAAAGACUGUGUUAGGGAAAGUGCAGAACAGUUACCAGCACGCGAUUCAGGAAAUCGGAGAACUUCUGAAAAAAAGACUUGAAACCAUUAAAAACCUACAGCUUUGAGCAGACGGAUCCGGAGCGCAGGAGGGAGCCGGCGCGAGAAGCUACGUCUGCCAUCCGUUCGAUCUUUAAAAAAUCUGGAACUUCCUCAUAAAUGCAUGAAGGACUUUGAUCGUAAAGAUAGUUUUUUUUUAUGUAUUAAAAAGAUAUAUUCAAGCGGAUUAAAUUAUUGUACAUAGAAACCGGAA